GCCGGCGGCGCACGCACAAGUCAAGCGGUAAGCAACCAUGCCCGUCAGGAGGCGUCCUGGCUCCUUCGCGGAGGAAAGCGGACUACCAUGCUUGGGGGUGGGUAUGUCUCUUGCAAUAAUCGGGGCAUUAUGCAGGCCCCGGGGAGCCCAGAGCUUUGUCGUUGUUCCAGGAGCAGCAGUAGGCGGGGUCAUUGACGGUACGGCAGCAAUAACAGCAGCACCAACAGUGAGAUCGCGGGGCGGUGUUGAGCGCUGCCAGCGGAGACCAUCGGUUGGUGGAAUGGGAUUGGAGGUGGUGCUGAGGGCAUCCAUGGAUGAUGAUGACGAGUUCGACCCGGAUGCCUGGACGGAUGAGCUACGAGAGAACGAAGGCAAGACUCAGGGCGGCGACGACAUGGGGAUGGGCGUGUCGAACACCGUCAAGAAGAAACGGCGCGCGGACCCGAAAUACGUUAACGCGGAGGGUGGGGAGAACACCGUCCUUGAGCUCGCGAGCGCGGCUCAAAACGUGCUGGACAAGUGGGAUGAGGAGAACGAGGAGGAAGAGCAAGAGAGGAAGAGGCAGGCGGAAGCAGCGGCUGCCGCUUUCAUGGUGGACGACGAGGAAGAAGACCUAGGGAUGGGGGUCUCUGAUACGAUACCGGCUCCCAAGAGCAUGAUGGAGACUCUCGGAGGAAGCGACAAAUUCGACAAAGCGAUCAACGCCAUGCAGGGCGCGGAGCAGCUUAGGGAGAUGGAGAGCAUGACCGCUAAGGACCAAAAGAGGGCGGAGAUGGAGCAGAGGGGGCUUUCCGAAGAGCAAAUUGCUGCGUACUUGGGCGUAGACUCUUCGAAGGAGCCUCCCAAGUCGAAGGCUGAGGAAGCCAAGGUCAGAGCCGACCAGGCGGCGGCAAGAGCGUUCGAAAAGUUCAACCAAGCGGCUUUCGUCGAUUCGAGUGCCUGGAGAGCGGAGGAAGAACUUCUCAAGGUGGCGCCUUCUAGCAGCCUUGUCAAGAAGGACGAAGACGGAGUUCCAAUAGAAGACCGGUUCGUGUACGUGGACGAGUAUACCUGUAUCGGGUGCACGCACUGCAACCACGAGGCCCCCUCUACCUUCUUUAUGGAGGAGGAGUUCGGCCGGGCGAGGGUCUACCAGCAGGGCAGAGACACGGCCGAAGCGGUCCAAACCGCGAUCCUGUCGUGUCCCGUGGACUGCAUCCACUACGUCGACUUUCCGGAGUUGGUCAGGCUGGAGAAGGAGAGGGAGGGAAUCAGCAUCAACUUUAAGGCCAAGCUUGUCGGGAACGACCACGAUAACGUCGCCAACGGCAUGCAGAGGAUCAGUGGGGACCGGGGCAUGCGGUGCGACAACUGCCCGAGCAAGGGGUGCUACAACUGCCCCAUGUUCAGCGUCGGCAACAACCCGGAAUACGCCAAGCGAAAGGAGGAGAGGAAGGCGAAGAGAAUUGCACGAAGGAAGAAGGAGAAGGAAGAGCUCAGCGGGGAGAUCAAGAGCGCAGAACUGUGAAUGGGUUCCCUAAACUUGGAGCCAUUGGCCCAAGAAAUAAUAACCGGUUGCCGGUGUUGGUGGUUGGCGUUACAACCGACAGCAUGAGAGCAAGAUUUCCUCGCUCUUGAAGGGACGCCGAGUUACGACUGGCUUGGGUCCAUGGAGCAAGACGGUCGGCUGUCUGUUUUCGUGUGACGACAGGGGCUUCGGAGCGUCUCUCAGACCGGAGCGUUCCUCAGAACGUAUUCCGGCAGCUACAGCAUGGCUACCUCCCAGCUUGAGGCCACGCGAAGUAAAAGGUUACACGGCGGUUGGUGCUGCUGCGGUUGAGAUAGAUCUGUGCGUGACGCUGGAACGUCGCGUCCUGUCCAUUUCACCUGAGAGAGAGAGUGAGGUCGAUAUUGAGCACCCAGGUGGCGUUUUUGUCCUUUCCAGUUUUGCCAUUUUGUGACGCUUCACAGAAUUUUGCAUGAAUCUUCGGGCCGUAUCUUGGGCACGGAACAUGGGCUGACGGCGUUCGAAGAAUAUAGGUAUGGUAGAUUUGAUGGCAAAUGAGCCGGUUUGGUGAAGCAAAAAUCGUGAGCGAGUAGUGAAUUGCUGCCACACAUCCAGCUACUUUUUGUACGAAACAUUUUUUUGGGCUGUGCUUGUUGGGCUCGUGUGCUGCACGGCGCACGCGCGCGCAUGUCAGGGUUACACGAGUUGUUGAGGACACCGUCCGUGAUAGUAGCGCGGCGCGGAAAUGAAAGUGGAAUGUCCGGAAAUUCUGACUUGGAUAAGCUUGUGAGCCUGAUCUUGGCGGUGCGAGUGAGGCGCUACGGAUACCGCCAAUGUUUUGGUUAUCUCCCGGGAUACCACCCGAGAGGGUACUGGGGCACUAACGCGGGAUUCCGCUUUGUAGAUGGGAAAGUACCGUUGUUUUGAAUCGGCGACGGGUGGAGUUGCUGUCUGGCGGGCUGAAUGGAUGGUUGUGUCUCGGGUAAGGUCGGCUUGGUGGGCAGGAAGAUAUACAUGCGUCUUGCGUUCCUUUGUGAUUGUUGGCUCUCUGGUUGACGAACCGUACCUUGCGAAAAGUUACCGGGCUGAAGAACGUCUGAGAGGUCGGGGGUGACAUUCUCAUGAGCGAGGGAGGUGCCUCAUGUAGAUGGCGCGUCAGUUUUGGCGUGGAAUUGUUUCGGGCGGAACAAUUUACAUCUAUAUUCGUGUUUUUUUGGAGAAUCUGAUGAGCGUGUCGCAUUGAUUGAUGGAUGGUCGUCCUCACUGGACCACCGGGUGAUUGCGUGUUUGUUUUCACCUGUGUUGGGACGGUCUCUUCCGACUCCCGAGUGAUGGGACGAGCUUCAAUGAACGCCGUUCGUUCAGACAAAGCCUGAGAAGGGGGGAGAGCUCCAGUAUUCAUCGCUCUGAGAAAAAAUGAACCGCCUGUACAACACCAUGGAAGCCCGG